AUGAACGAAGCCACUUGUUCCGUAACCAAUGGCAACUUCAUUCAUAAAAUUAACAAUGAACUCGGACUGAAGCGCAGCAAUCUAGGUAACUCUUCUGAUUUUGAGCGUAACGGCAGCGCCGCGCGAAAUAAUAAAACAAUCGAGUGUAUUUUUGCUAAUUCCCAAAGAGGCAAUAGUGGCAGUAAUAUAGAGUUUCAGAUUCCAUUACCAGUUGGAAAAGCUCACUAUGGCGGAAACAGCGGAAAAGAGGAUUUUAGUAAAAAGGACCAAUGGUCUAAGGAAUUCUUUUGUCAUUACAAGAAUAAAAGUUUCGAUGUGGUUAAGCCUGGCAAAGGCAAGCAUGAAAAAUGUCCCAUUAAUUUCCAUGAUAAGCAUUUUACGCCCUAUCAUAGCACAAUGAGUCAUCAAAACCACAUAUAUCCUUAUAGAAAGGCUUGUAGUGAGCGUUCGUCCGUUUCUAACUCUAAUAGCCACUGGGAGGCUCAAUUCAAGUUAAUUGAAAAUCAGCUAGUAAACGAUUUAAUAAUAGAAAACACCGUAGAGGAACGAACCAUUGGUUACGACUAUGUGGCUGACUAUGAAGAAACAAUAGACUUUAGGAAUAUGUUGUUGCCUUUACCACAAGAAUAUGAAUUCCUAAAUUCGAAUCACUACCUAUCCAAGCCGGACCCAUAUAAAAUAGGAUGCAUACUAAUGGAAAACGGCUCGAACUUAAACGAAGUUAUAAAGGCCUUCGAAGCGGCCAUUUUCCAAGAUCCAAAUCACGUGAAUGCUUGGCUAAAGCUAGGCACAGUUAAUAUUGAAAAUGAAAGCGAAGCCAAUGGGGAGCUCGCUUUGAAAAAUUGUUUAAAUUUGGAUCCAGAUAAUACAUCCGCAAUGGAAACUUUAGCAAUUCACUAUAUAAACCAACAAAAUGAGUUAGAAUCUUUGAAAAUCUUUCAUAAAUGGAUUCAUUUAAAAUUUUCAGAGCUCUUACAUCCCACUGCGGAACAGAUCAAUAAAAGUAUCGAAGAGACUCCAGGAAAAUCUAAUUUAGUGCAUAUUCUGGAAUCUUUGUUGAAUAUGCGUAUAACAAAAACAGAUCGAUACGAUAUUUGUUCAGUAUUAUCAAUCUUAUACUAUUCAGAUCAGAAAAUACAGCAGUCGUUGGAAAGCUUGGAAUUCUUGCUAUCAGAACGACCUAAUGAUGGAAUAAUUUGGAAUAGAUAUGGCGCUAUACUGGCCAAUACUAAGUCAUAUCACUCCGCGAUAAAUGCAUAUAAUAAAUCUAAAUUAUUGAGACCAAAUUUUACGAGGACACGCUAUAAUUUGGCAAUUGCCUACUUAAAUAGGAGUGACUAUAUCAAAGCAAGUAAAACAUUGAUUGAAGUUAUAUUAUUACGAAGUAACGGAGCUGAACAUACCAACACGAAGAUACAUAACAAAUUUAUGCAAAAUUUGAAGAACGCUCUAAUUGCUCUGAAAAAAUUUGAUUUAUUUGAUGAUUUAGUAAAUAGUUCUCGCGACACUAAAUCAUUAAUUUUAACCUUGAAAACUAUAUACAACAAGAUAAGUUAG